GCGCUCGAUUGAACCUAUGUUGGUUCAUCUAUUUAUCUAUGUAUUUGAAAAUUACAAAAUUACCAAUUUAUAGUUUAUACCACAAUGUCAAGUUAUAAGUUAGUUGCCGGGUGCUCUGUACCCAAAGAAAUAUCCACAUUUAUGGAUGACGAGAAAAACGAAGUUAUUUCGAAUAAAUUUAAGGAAUUAUUUCGCGCUAUAGAAGCAAAAGUAGAAAAUAAAGACGCUGAACUGAAGAAAAAAGACGCCAAACUGAAGAAAAAAGACGCCGAAGUACGAGAAAAAGCCGUCGUUGUGCGUGUAAAAGAUGAGUUCAUCGAUGAACUUUUUAAUAAGGUUAUGAAAAUUUCGGAAGAAAAAGGUGCAUUGAAAAUGCUUGAACAAAACGCAAGAAGUACGGUAAGAGUUCAGAAAUUUGUACUCAAUCUUAGGAGUACGAUGGACGAGCAGAUGCGUAAUAAUUUCCCCUUCUGGGUAACGCAAUCUGGCUUGAGCUACAUUAACCAGUGGAGAAUUAUGUUCCGAAUGCAGAACAAUCGGUUUAUUACUAUUAUCAAAAACCGUCUAGAUUCAUUGAAAAUUACAGAGGAGCAAUUUGUAGCGAGUUUAAAACUAUUUCGUUCAAAAAUAAACGUACCGCUUCAUCAAGGAGACGACGUCCCAGUCAUUGAUAAACAAGAAGAUUGGGAUAAGAUUUAUAAAAUGAUGAAUUUGAGGGAUUAUCCCACUCAGUCCGCAUUACAAGUAGUUGGCAAAGGAAUCGAAAAAUCGGAAAUAGCUAAGUUAGUUACAGAGUCAACUCAUAAAAGGAACGCCCCUUCUGUUUUGUUGAUCACUGGAGCACCACCAAAGUACGAAGCCACCGAUUUCGAAAAAGUACUCUUGAAUGCGUCGGAUGAAGAAUGGACGGAGGAUGACGCACCUGUGAUAGAAGAGAUCCUCUUCGCCUUCAAUGAUAUUGAUGAUGAUGAAUAUACCGGCGAAAUCGCGGUUUUCACUCCUACCUUUAUUGAUGCUGAUAGAAUACUGAUGUCAAAACAAAAUCACAUAAUCACUGUUGAAAAUCCUGAGAAGGACCCAUCUCACUAUACAUUGAAUAUCCGUGGCCCGUUCAAUCAAGUUCGUUGGAGCUAAGUUGGUGUGAGUUUUCGUAACGGCGAAAAAAGAGUUAUAAUUUUUUUUUUCUCGAUUUGUAUAUAAUUUAUAUAAGGUGGGAGAUACACGAUGCUACGGCAGCAAUGAUAAUGAUCUAUGUGCACGAUUUUUUGUUUCUGUAGUUGUUUUCAUCUUUGUUGUGAUUGACUACAAGCAAUCGAUAAACUAUUGUUGUUA